GCUCCUCCCUCCUUCUGGUCUGUCAGCCCAGUAAAAAAGCUAACUAGUUUCGGAAAGAGAACCCAUUUAGUCGACAAUUUAGUUGAACGCACCAUAGUUUAAAAAUAGUUACCGCGGAAGGAAGUCCCCAGUACCGGCUCUACUGUGUUACUGGCACCGUUCAAUCACCGAUCAUUAUGGAUUUUCCGAAUACUAGUAGUGAUCAGUUCAAACCACCGGAGAAGCGGGAUUUCGGGCAGUGGGGUGUCGAGGACGUUUGUAGAUACCUGUGUCAAGAAGGUCAUGGGGAAUGGGAGAAUAAAUUCAGAGAGAAAAAGAUGACAGGAGUGGGAUUACGAUACCUCACAGAGACACUUUUGGAUAAAAUGGGUAUAGUGCCUCUAGGCACCCGGUUGCAGAUCCUGCACAGUCUGAGGAAGCUGUGGCAGAUGGCAGCAGAGACCACCAAGGUGUUUAAUGACCCCAUCCAUGGCCAUGUAGAGAUGCAUCCUCUGCUGGUCCGUAUCAUGGACACCCCUCAGUUCCAGAGGCUCCGCCACAUUAAGCAGCUGGGAGGAGCAUAUUUCGUCUUCCCUGGGGCCUCCCACAACCGCUUCGAACACUCCAUAGGGGUGGGCUACCUAGCAGGUCGGCUGGUCCAGGAGUUGAGUGAGAGACAACCAGAGCUCCUCAUCUCCAGUAGAGACAUCCUGUGUGUCCAGAUUGCUGGGCUCUGUCACGACCUGGGUCAUGGUCCUUUCUCCCAUAUGUUUGAUAGCAUGUUCAUCCCCAAAAUGAGUCCAACGUCCAAGUGGAAGCAUGAGAAGGCGUCCCUUGCGAUGUUUGACCAUCUGGUGUCUGUAAAUGCCUUGGAGCCAGUGAUGAAGGAUCAUGGCCUGGUCCUACCUGAUGACCUGGACUUCAUCAAGGAACAGAUUGCUGGACCACAGAACACUGUCCUUCUCAGACAGGGGUGGCCUUAUAAGGGCCGUCCAGAGGAGAAGUCUUUCCUCUAUGAGAUUGUGGCCAACAAAUUGACCGGCAUCGAUGUGGACAAGUGGGACUACUUCGCCAGGGACUGCUACCACCUGGGCAUCCCGAAUAACUUUGACUACCAUCGCUUCCUCAAGUUUGCUCGUGUGUGUGAGGUAGAUGGGAAGAAGCAGAUCUGCACCAGAGAAAAGGAAGUGGGUAAUCUGUACGACAUGUUCCACACACGCAGCUACCUCCACAGAAAAGCCUACCAGCACAAAGUGGGACACAUAAUAGAGACAAUGAUCACAGAGGCCUUCAUCAAGGCAGAACCCCACAUCAAGAUUCAAGGUUCAGAGGGAGAAAUGUUCACCAUCUCCACAGCAAUAAAUGACAUGGAGGCCUACACUAAACUCACUGACCAUGUGUUUGAGCAGAUCCUGUACUCGUCAUCCUCUGAGCUGGCAGAGGCCAGAAAGAUCCUCCACAGCAUCACCUGCAGAAACCUCUACAAGAAUUUGGGACAGACCCAAGCCAAGGAACGUGUGGAGGUCUCACAGGAACAGCUCCAGAAAUGGGCAAGUGAAUUGGCGACGUGCAGGCCUAAGAAAGACCUCCAGGGCGUCAUUCUAGAGCCAGGGGACUUUGUAGUCAAUAUCAUCAACAUGGACUGGGGUAUGAAGGAGAAGAACCCCAUCAACAACAUGCGUUUCUACUGUAAGAAUACCCCAACCAAAACCACCCAGAUCAGCAGGAACCAGGUGUCUCAGAUGCUGCCAUAUCAGUUUGCUGAGCAGCAGAUCAGGGUCUACUUUAAGAAGAGAGAUGAGAAGACUGUGGAGGCAGCUAAGAUUAACUAUGUCAAGUGGUGCAUGGACAACAACUUCUCCAAACCUCACGACGGAGAUUCGAUUGCACCGGAGCUCACCCCUCUGAAGCGAAGCUGGACCCACAAUUAUGAUGAGAACGAUGAUGAAGAGGAUAGCCAGGGAGGAAGAAGCAGGGCUGCAGUCAACAUUGGACAACAGAAGGCAAAAGCCAGACUCUUUUAGGAGGAUGAGAAAGAGGAUCAGUCUGUUUACUUCUUAUGGCAGUUCUGGAGAGCUACAGGGUAUGCAAGGUUUUGUUCCAACCCAGCACUAACACACCUGAUUCAGCUAGUCUAGGUUAUAAUGAUUGAGUAGCUGAAUCAGUCUAGUUGAUGCUGGGUGGGAACUAACCGUUGCGUACCCUGGUGCUCCCUGGGACUAGGUGUUGGGGACCAAAGAUGGUGGAUAAAUGUCUUGCUCAGGCUGUUUACCUUUAAACAAAUGGUCAUUGUUCUUGUCUUAAAGGAAAACUCCACCCAAAAUGCUAUCUUCGUAUUUGUCAUUAGUCCAUUGUUGAUACAGCAAUGGAGUUAAAGAUAUCUAACUUUCGAAAUACAGAAAUACACCUGGGAUGAUGUAUUUUGCAUCGUAUGAUACAAAACGCAGCAUCAUACCGGCUGUAUUUUGAAAGUUAUGCAGUAUAUCUUGAGAACUUGAUUGCUGACUUGCAAAACAUUUUGGGACUAUAUCAACAAGGGUCUAAUGAAACAAAUACCAAAGUAUAGUUUUUGGGUGGACAUCAAUGGGAUAGCAGCUGGGUCUGGUCUGCUUAGUUCAUUGACUCUAUAUUAACCAGAGAAUAUUAGGGAGUUGGAGAUCAGUGUCUAGGAGCAACGUCCAGAAGAAGACCUUUGUCUCAGGGUUCUGUUCACUCUCAGUUCUGUUAGGGAUUAUAUCAUAUAGUCUUUAUUUUAUUCUCUUUUUAUCUCGUUUUAUUUUAAGCAUAUGUUAUAGGUUUUUAAGUGUGGUUAUUUUGCCUUAUUUAAUUAUCGGUGUCAUUGGUAUUACAUUGUGUGGGAGCCUGUGAGUGUGAAAAUACUUCCUGACUUUUCUCUGGCUAUGCAUCUUGAUGUGCCACGAUCAUACAGGCAUCUUUCAGAUAGCCUAGCAGCAACUGUUACAUAUUUAUACAACCUGAUGAAAGUUGUUCUCAAACUCUUUUUGGACAAUCAUGCUUGUUUUACAUUGUAGCUGAGUAUGUAAUUGUUUCAUGGUAUUGUAUCACUAUUGUUUGUCUUUCAGGGCAUUGUCUUUCUUAUAAACAUGGUUUCUACAAGGUUUUAGUUUAUAUAUAGGCACCCACCAUAGCUAGCCUGGUCGUUGACAUACGUACAGUACAGUAUGUUUGGUGAGGUAAAAAAAGUGGCCCCUUGAACUGACAAACAGAGAUGGGUCACAGUGUGCAGUGCAGUGUGGGUAGUGUAGUCAGUUAUACAUACACAAUGCAUGCGGUGUGUGAUUCAGACCUGAAACUUUUUUGAUUUGGACUGUUUCUGAUUAGUGUGGUGUUUCUCUAAGUGCUGCGGUAUCACAUUGUGUUUUCAUCCAUGUUACCUUUGUGAGUCUGACUAUGUUCUCCUCAUUUAAACCAUAUAAACACAAUGUUUUACCAUACAGUCUGCAUCAAGAUGAGUCCACAGCUGUUGGUCAUUGAUGGUAUGUUUGUUGUUUUAAUUAUGUGCUUUGUUUAAGACAAAUCGUAGAGACAGUCAACGUUUCAGGGACUUUAUGAUACAGAGUACAACUGUCAACAGCUGUGAAAUACAACUAUUUUCUCUGCCUGGC